GUGGUACCUGAGCGAAAAGCGCACCAGAAAGCCCACGUUGGCUGCUGCGGGGAGCGCAGCGUCCAGAGGCGGGAGUCUGCGAAUUCCGGCGCGCCGACCCCGCAGUCACUGCUCCGAACACCGGCCCACUUCCCUCUCGUCCUUUCUGUGAGUGGAGUUUGCAGGGCAGCCGGGAGAUCACUAAACGGAAAGGAAGAUCCUUGCCGCCUCCGCUUUGGGGAACAGAGCAGCGCGCGGAGAUUUUGAGGGGGAGCGACAGUGCCGAGGGCGGAGGGGCGAGGAUUUGUGAGCGACAAGGGAGUUAAGCCUCACGCAGAAGAUUGGCAUCUGAGGACUCCUUGUUACCGCAGCCUGGGCCCUACGGCGGGGUAAACUUCACAGCAGCUGUGCGAGCUAAGGAAAGACGUGCGCGGCGAUGCUGCCCGGCAUCACCUCCAGCCCGUGAGCGGUCCCACUCCCUGCCGCCCCCGGUCCCACUCAGCGGGCGCGAAUUAGCGCACGUGAGCGGGCAGCGAGGCCGGAGAGCUACCUCUCGGUGACCUGCCUAGAACGAGGGCGCUGGCCACAGCUCAGCCCGGACUCUGACGCACCUGGCCUGUACUUUGCGCUUCUAGGGACCUGCGCGGGCGAGUGGUUCUCCCGGUGAUCUCCUUCGCCGCCUACCACCCCCCCCCCCCAUACUGGGCAAGUGGGGGCGUCCCACUGGACCAUGAGAGAUAAGGACUGAGGGCCAGGAAGGGGAAGCGAGCCCGCCGAGAGGUGGCGGGGGCUGUUCUCGCCAAGGGCCACAGCGGCAGCGCUCCGGCCACGCUCCGGCCUCGCUCCCCGGCUCCACGCCUCGCGGGGCCCAAGGGGCCAGCCCGGCCGGGCGGGAAUGCCGGGGCUGGGACGGAGGGCGCAGUGGCUGUGCUGGUGGUGGGGGCUGCUGUGCAGUUGCUGUGGGCCCCUGCCGCUGCGGCCGCCCCUGCUCGCCGCCGCCGCCACCGGCCGUGGGGCGCUACUUGCGGAUGGUGGGAGCCCGGGCCGUGCGGAGCAGCCGCCACCGUCCUCCUCCUCCUCUGGCUUCCUCUACCGCCGGCUCAAGACGCACGAGAAGAGGGAGAUGCAGAAGGAGAUCCUCUCGGUCCUGGGGCUCCCUCACCGGCCCCGACCCUUGCACGGCCUCCAGCCUCCACAGCCCGCUGCACUCCCGCAGCAGCAGCCUCGGGGGGAGCCGCCUCCCGGGCGGCUGAAGUCCGCGCCGCUCUUUAUGCUGGAUCUGUACAACGCCCUGUCCAGCGACAACAACGACGACGAGGGCUGGCCGUCAGACGAGGAGAGGUGGCAGCCUGGGCCCCGGAGAGGGGCCGACGCGUCCCAUCCCCGGCAGCAGCCUCUGGGAGCAGUGCGACCCCACAACCACAAGAGCCUCCUGGCCCCAGGACCUGGCGGCAGCGGCACGUCCCAACUGACCAGCGCGCAGGAUAGCGCCUUCCUCAACGACGCAGACAUGGUCAUGAGCUUUGUGAACCUGGUGGAGUACGACAAGGAGUUCUCCCCUCGCCAGCGACACCACAAAGAGUUCAAGUUCAACUUAUCCCAGAUUCCUGAGGGUGAGGCGGUGACGGCUGCAGAAUUCCGAAUCUACAAGGACUGUGUUGUGGGGAGUUUUAAAAACCAAACUUUUCUUAUCAGCAUUUAUCAAGUCUUACAGGAGCAUCAGCACAGAGACUCUGACCUAUUUCUGUUGGACACCCGCAUAGUGUGGGCCUCAGAAGAAGGCUGGCUGGAAUUCGACAUCACGGCCACUAGCAAUCUGUGGGUUGUGACCCCACAGCACAACAUGGGGCUCCAGCUGAGUGUGGUGACUCGAGAUGGACUCAACAUCAACCCCCGAGCCGCAGGCCUGGUGGGCAGAGAUGGCCCUUAUGACAAGCAGCCUUUCAUGGUGGCCUUCUUCAAAGUGAGCGAGGUCCACGUGCGCACCACGAGGUCAGCCACUGGUCGGCGCCGACAGCAGAGUCGCAAUCGCUCCACCCAGUCCCAGGACGUGUCCCGGGUCUCCAGUGCUUCAGAUUAUAACAGCAGUGAAUUAAAAACAGCAUGCAGGAAGCAUGAGCUUUAUGUGAGCUUCCAAGACCUGGGAUGGCAGGACUGGAUCAUCGCACCCAAGGGCUAUGCUGCCAAUUACUGUGAUGGAGAAUGCUCCUUCCCACUCAAUGCACACAUGAACGCGACGAACCACGCGAUUGUACAGACACUGGUUCACCUUAUGAAUCCUGAGUAUGUCCCCAAACCAUGCUGUGCACCAACUAAACUAAAUGCCAUCUCAGUUCUUUACUUUGAUGACAACUCCAAUGUCAUCUUGAAAAAAUACAGGAAUAUGGUUGUAAGAGCUUGUGGGUGCCACUAAUUCGAAAAUAGUUGCUGGGGACACAAAUACUGCCUUGGAUUCCUAGAUUACAUUUCUGCCUUAAAAAGCUCACAGAAGCACAGUGGAAGUGGGAUGAUGACUUUGAACCACCUCAUGCCAGUUGGUGCCUUACUGCCCAAGGAAGAUUUUCAGGGGCCUCAGUAAUGAUUUGCUCACAUAGAAAAUGACGUGAGUAGUUGGUCUGUUGGAAGCUAUUUGACUGUCCAUAGUAUAAAGUCUGGUAACUGCAGAAAUGUAACUUGGAAGGGUUCCUCUUCCCCCAUAAAUGCCCACCAAAAUUAGUUUUAGCUUUAAAUCAAGCUGUUCAUGGUGUUACUGAGUAAAGAAGGAAAAUAAUCUUAAAAGAGUAAAAGUAUCCUUGGCUAAAGUACCAGCCAGUUUAGUGACACUUCUCAGAAGAUUUUAGUUAACAAAUUGGGGGGAAAUGCCUGUAUUCAUUGAUUUCAUUCGCAGGAAGGUCAAUUUCAUAUAGGAUCAACAGCCCGAGCCAUAACCAGGGCCAUGUGGAAGUGCCUUUUGUCUCAGUAAUUGCUGUUACAUGUUUGUGCUGGCAUUUUGUUGGUGAGAGCCAUGUGAUUUCCACACCUCAGCUGUCCCCCGUUUGCCAUUUUCUUUGCUAGUACCAAAAGUACUUUGCUCCUACUUCGAGGCGAGGACACCAGGGCUGAGAAGCAUCUCUGAUAGCCAUCAUUGUAACCAUGCAACAUGUGAAGGCAGCUCUGUACCUCUCCUUUUUUUGGAAUGGCUCUCUGAAAAGCACAUUAACUUCAGGAACGCUGGCUCUAAUCUCUCAUGUAUUUCAGUAAAACAGUUUUUUCCCUUUUACUACACAGCACACCUUGUCGCAGCUGAGAACCAAUCAAGGAAAUGCACUGAGAAAGGGGCUCCUAGCCUUUAGGAACAGGAUUGGGUGGCCAUGCUGUUUAUGAACCGAAAUCAGUUUUCUCUUGUAGAAAGCAAGACUCAGAUUAAAUCUUAGAAUAUCGUUUAAAUGUCUUUUUCAAAAUCAUGUACUAGGAAAUCAAUUUCAUACUAAACUGAUUAAAUAAUACAUUUAUGAUCUAUAACUACUUGCACUUACAGCUUUUUUGUAAAUAUAAACUGUAAUUUAUUGUCUAUUUUAUAUCUGUUUCGCUGUAACAUUUAAGGAAAGACCAGACUUUUUUUUUAAAAAAAGAGUUUAUUUAGAAAGUAUCAUAGUGUAAACAAAUUGUACCACUUUGAUUUUCUUUCAAUACAAGACUCGUGAUGCAAAGCUGAAGCCACUCAUGAGGAUUGUGCUUCUCCAGAAAGUUGGGUUUUUUAAAAGAACAUCUGUGAAUCAUACGUGAUUAAUAAAGAUUUCCUUUAAGGCAGAGGCUGGUCGAGAUCCUGCUCUGUUGUCAUCAGCCGCAGACAGCAGACGUGGUCUUAUUUCUAAGAUUCGUACCAUCAGUUCCUUUGUGCCAAGUGACUAGAUCCCCCAAGCAGAGGGGCAGGGUGAACAGUGUUGGACACAGAGGGGGUGUUAUGAGAAGUAAAUUAACAGCAAAGAACAUACAGGUGCCUAUUUUAAGGAAGCCAAGUCCUGUGGUUACUUACUUCCAAGGGUGAUGGUAAAAAUGCUUAAUGACCAGGAUGGCUUGAAUUAUAAGGACUCUAGGCUAGCAAUGAUAGUAGCACAGCCUACUUCAGCUGUGACUCCGCGCUGCCUACUUCAUUCUUUGGUCUUUAGGUCAAGUUAAUCCCACUCUCCCUAGAGCAGAAGACUGACCUCCUCAAAGGCAGAGGAUGCACAGUGCGCCUCUGAAAGGACAACCUGGGAGCAGAACAGAAACUGCUUCCAGUUGGGGGCCCUGUAGGAAGGCUGCAGGCUUCCCCUGGUCCCCAAUUCUGGGACUGGAAAAGCUCAUCUAGUCCUCUCGCCUCAGGUGGCGAAUACAACCAGAAUCUUCAUAUGAUUUAACAGAACAGUCAGGACCAGCCUUGUGGAACUUCCCAUGCCCACAUUUUCCAUGGGAGAUAUCAAAUCUUAAACAUGGACUUCAACAUGGACUUAAAUACCUUCACAGGGACCCUGACUUAAUGCUAACAUAAUUAAUGAAAUCUUUCACCCACGAGAAGCAAACAGAAUUAUAUCCCUUGAACAAUAAUGACUGACUUGACAAAUACCGACACACGUGUAAGAUUAUGGCAUCAGCGUUAUCUUACUCAGGCACAUGUCUGAAGUCCCACUGCUUUCAUUAUGGCAAACCUCUCACGAUGAGAGAAGUACUAACAGAAACAAAAUCGGGAGUGGCGUGGAGGUAUCUUCCAGAGGUGCGGGGUUUUGUUUUUAAAUCUGCUCCAAGCUACGGACCAACCGCAUCAUUAGUAAGUCCGUUGUGACCUUCAGAUCAGAGGCACAUCGAUACUGCCACACGGCCCCCUUUCCAGGCUCAUGGGCAGUUCAAGACUAGGCUUUG